AUGGGUCCUCGAAACAUCCGCUCGGAUUCCGAGCAUCAAACUCCAUUCGGUCGCUCGUUCACCUCCAGCUCGCCAAUUGCCGCCUCAGCAAUCGCCCGAGACCUCGCCAGCUACAGUGAAGACGAUCAAUCCCCAAGAGAUGGAGCUUCUCCCAGCUCCACCGCAUACCCGGUUGGCAGCUACAUUAGCAACGCGCGCUCGCUAGCCGGCUCAUACCGUCGACCCUCCAAUUUCACCUCGAUCAGCCAUGCGACCAUCAUACCCUGGACCGGAGAACAGCAAACAUUGUCUAAGAGCGAGCACCAGCAAAUGAUCGAGGAAGAAAGACACCUUUUGAGCGAUAAUCAUGUCAUCCCGCCCGAGCACGCCCAUGGCAAGCCCCACGGCCUGCAGCACAAAGUGAGCGGAUUGCUUUCGGCUGCAAUUGGCCAAGGCUCUUCCUCCCGGCGACCAAGUCGCUCCCAGGGAUCGAGAAGUCGGCCUUGCGAGCUCGAUGGCGCAAGCGAAAACACUGCACUUUUGCGGGAAACGAUGGACUCUGGGGAGUCCGGAAGUGAGAUGGGCUCGGAAGAGAUCGACCGAAAAUGGGACGAAGCUGUUGCAGCGGGGCGGAUUCAAACCACGUGGCAGCGGGAAGCCAAGGUUAUUGGGAAAUAUUCAUUGCCGCUGAUGGUGACUUUCCUUUUACAGUAUUCCCUGACAGUGGCGAGUAUUUUCACCAUCGGACAUUUGGGGAAGGAGGAACUAGGAGCUGUCAGCCUGGCGAGCAUGACUGUGACAAUCACUGGAAACGCAGUAUACUCCGGCUUGGCGACUAGCUUGGAUACCCUCUGUUCGCAGGCGUACGGCUCUGGGAAGAGGAAGCUGGUCGGACUGCAGAUGCUGCGCAUGGUGUACUUCCUUUGGAUUAUCACUAUUCCCAUCAUGGUGCUUUGGUACUUCUCCGAACAUAUCUUGGCCAAGAUUGUGCCUGAGACCGAGGUCGCGAAGAUGGCUGGUCUUUAUCUGAAGGUUGCUUUGUUGGGCACACCCGGCUUUGCUUGCUUCGAGAGUGGCAAGCGGUAUCUUCAAGCGCAGGGUGUAUUUUCGGCAUCUUUAUAUGUCUUGAUUGUCUGCGCGCCGCUGAACGCGUUCCUCAACUGGUUCUUCGUUUGGAAACUUCAGUGGGGAUUCAUCGGUGCGCCCAUUGCCGUUGUGAUCACGGAAACCCUUCUUCCAAUCUGCCUCUUCAUUUAUGUUUAUUUCUUCGUUGGAUCCGAGUGUUGGUGUGGGUUCAGUCGACGUGCGUUCCAGAAUUGGGGCCCAAUGAUUCGACUGGCGCUUCCGGGGUUGAUCAUGGUAGAGGCGGAGUGCCUGGCAUUCGAAAUCCUGACACUCGCAUCCAGCUACCUCGGCACAUCCGAGCUUGCAGCGCAGUCCAUCCUGGCUACCAUCUCAAGCAUCACAUGGCAGAUCCCUUUCCCACUGUCCAUCGCGGGUAGCACGCGGGUAGCAAACCUGAUCGGUGCCACUUUGGUAGAUGCAGCAAAGACGUCCGCGAAGGUGAGCUUUUGUGGGGCUGUCAUUGUCGGGUUGUUCAACAUGGUUCUUCUGUCGACCUUGCGCUCGUACAUUCCCAGGCUCUUCAGCUCUGACCCCGAAGUUGUGGACAUUGUGGCACAGGUCCUGCCUCUCUGUGCGGCCUUCCAGCUCUUCGAUGCAUUGGCAGCCAAUUGCAAUGGUAUCCUUCGUGGCCUCGGUCGCCAGGAGGUGGGCGGCUACGUCCAGCUUUUCCUGUACUAUGUGAUUGCGAUGCCACUCAGCAUGGGCACGACAUUCGCAUUGGGAUGGGGCGUUAUGGGUCUAUGGACUGGAGUAGCCCUUGCUCUUGGCCUUGUUUCUCUCAUUGAAGGCAUCUUCAUCAGCCGGGCUGAUUGGAAUCGUUCGGUCCAGGAGGCCGUCCGGAGAAACGAGCUGACAUGA